AUAGUUAUCCAUGGAGAUCUACAUUACUCUUAAGAGAAUGCAUGGCUAGCAUUGAAUCAAAAUACUAGCUCAUCGUUUCACUUUCUUACACAAGGAUAUUGACACCAGUCUGCUACAAUGGAAGUGCUGGCGCAUCACCUUUGGCAGAGAGUAUUGCCCCGCCUACCCAGAGCCAUGAGCACUCCCUGUAAAAGCAAUUUCAGCUGUGCUGCUGGACAUGCCCCAAAGCCAACCCCCACUGACUCCAUCUCCCGACCUAGCACACACCUUCCCCUAGUCUCCCGUCUCUUCCAGCCCUCCAACCUGCGUGAUGUGGACCAGGAGAAGCAUGCUAAGGGGGAUAUGACCUGCAAGAGCCAGAGACUGAUGCAGCAGGCAGGUCUCAUCCACCCUUCCAACCCUGGCUGCUACUACUACCUCCCGGCCACCGUGCGCUCCAUGGAGAAGCUAGUGAGGCUGAUCGACCAGGAGAUGCAGGGGAUCGGUGGGCAGAAGCUGGACAUGCCCAGCCUGUGUUCGGCAGAGCUGUGGAGACGCAGUGAGCGCUGGGACCUGAUGGGGAAAGAGCUGUUCCGCCUGAGGGACCGCCACGGAGCGGAAUACUGCCUGGGCCCCACCCAUGAGGAGGCUGUGACAGAACUGCUGGCCUCUCAGGGAACCCUGUCCUACAGACAGCUGCCUCUGCUACUCUACCAGAUCACCCGCAAGUUCCGUGAUGAGCCAAAGCCACGGUUUGGGCUUCUACGCGGGCGGGAGUUCUACAUGAAAGACAUGUACACAUUUGACAUGAACGAAGAAGCUGCAUACCACACAUAUGAAUCUGUGUGUCAGGCUUACACCCGACUUUUCUCUCGGUUAGGCCUGUGCAUUGUCCAGGUCCACGCUGAUACAGGGAACAUCGGAGGUAAACUCUCCCAUGAGUUCCAGCUCCCCGCAGACAUCGGAGAGGACAGACUACUGGUCUGUGGUAGCUGCUCCUUCUCUGCCAAUGUGGAGACCAUGGAACCAGGCCGGACAGACUGCCCACAGUGCCAGGAGGGAACGCUGGUGGAGUCUAAGGGCAUAGAGGUAGGCCAUACGUUCUACCUAGGCACCAAGUACUCCCACAUAUUCAACGCCGCCUUCAACAACACCCAGAACAAGCCGGCUGUCACUGAGAUGGGCUGCUUCGGGCUGGGUGUGACCCGGAUCCUCGCUGCUGCCAUCGAGGUGAUGUCCACGGAGGAGGCUAUCCGCUGGCCUGGGCUGCUUGCCCCCUAUCAGGUCUGUGUUCUGCCCCCUAAAAGGGGCAGUAAGGUGGAUGAGGUGACUGGUUUAGCUGAGGAGCCCAGGUUUGAGGUGAUCUGUCAGCAGACUGGUGAGACAACGUUCCUCAGUAGGGAUGGGCUGGUAGACCUACUCAGAUGUGUGGAGACAGUCUGAGUUGGACUGAUCUUGACAUGGAACUGGACUACUGAGGGCAUGACAAAACCUAUUCCCCUCAGGAGACUGAAAAGAUUUGGCAUGGGUCCUCAGAUCCUCAAAAGGUUCUACAGCUGCACAAUGGAGAGCAUCCUGACCGGUUGCAUCACCGCCUGGUAUGGCAACUGCUCGGCAUCUGACCGUAAGGCGCUACAAAGGGUAGUGCGAACAGCCCAGUACAUCACUGGGGCCAAGCUUCCUGCCAUCCAGGACCUAUAUAAUAGGCGGUGUCAGAGGAAAGCCCAUAAAAUUGUCAGAAUCCAGUCACCCAAGUUAUAGACUGUUUUCUCUGCUACCGCACAGCAAGCGGUACUGGAGCGCCAAGUCUAGGACCAAAGGGCUCCUCAACAGCUUCUAGCCACAAGACUGCUGAACAAUUCAUGAAAAUCACCACCGGACAAUUUACAUUGACCUAACCCCCUUGUACACUGCUGCUACGCGCUGUUUGUUUGUUACCUAUGCAUAGUCACAUCGUCCCCACCUACAUGUACAGAUUACCUCAACUAGCCUGUACCCCUGCACACUGACUCGGUACCGGUGCCCCCUGUAUAUAGCCUCGUUAUUCUUAUUGUGUUACUUUUUAUUUUAGCCUACAUGGUAAAUAUUUUCUUUUUGAAUGGCACUAUUGGUUACAGACUUGUAAGUAAGCAUUUCACGGUUAAGUCUACACUUGUUGUAUUCGGCGCAUGUGGCAAAUUAAAGUUUGAUUUGACUAAA